AUGGGUGGAGUUCAUGAACAGGUACUGAGUGACACCAUCACCUGUGAACACAACAUCAACAAAAACACAGAUAAUGAGGUCCUGGGGAGAGUUAAAGAGAAUCAUAAAGCCAGUCUGAAGAAGAGGUUUGAGAACAUAUCUGAGGGCAUCAUCAAACCAGGAGCUGAGAUCCUCCUCGAUGAGAUCUACACAGAGCUUUACAUCACUGAGGGAGAGAGUGAAGGUGUGAAUAAGGAACAUGAGGUGUGGCAGAUAGAGUCAGCAUCCAGAGCACAAACCACAGAAGACACAGCAAUCGACUGCAACGACAUCUUCAAGCCCUCACCUGGACAGAAAAAGCACAUAAGAACUGUGAUGACCAAAGGUGUCGCUGGCAUUGGAAAAACAGUCUCAGUGCAGAAGUUCAUUCUUGAUUGGACGGUUGGGGUAGCCAAUCAGCAUGUAGCCUUCAUGUUCCCCUUUUCCUUCCGUGAGCUGAAUUUGGUGAGGGGUGAUCAAUAUAGUCUUCACAAGCUCCUGCUUGACUUCCACUCUGAGCUGAAGGAGCUGAAUGAUGAUGAAGGAUACAAAGACUGUCGGGUUGUGUUCAUCUUUGAUGGUUUGGAUGAGAGUCGGUUAAAUCUGGAUCUGGAACAGAACAGUAAGUUAUCUGAUGUAAAAGAAACAUCAUCAGUGGAUGUUCUGAUAGCGAGCCUCAUUCAGGGUUCUCUGCUUCCCUCUGCACUCAUCUGGAUAACCUCACGACCAGCAGCCGCCAGUCAAAUUCCUGCUCAGUACAUCGACCAGAUAACAGAAGUACGAGGAUUUAAUGACCCACAGAAGGAGGAGUACUUCAGGAAGAAAAUCAGUGAUGAGAGUCAGGCCAACAGAAUCAUCUCACACAUGAAGGUAUCAAGGAGUCUCCACAUCAUGUGCCACAUUCCAGUCUUCUGCUGGAUUGCAGCCACUGUGCUACAACAGAUGCUGGAACAGGGCAAUACCCAGGCAAUACCCACAACUCUGACUGAGAUGUUCAUACACUUCCUACUGAUCCAGACUGCUCGGAAGGAUCAGAAAUAUCAAGAUAUUCAUGAAACAGACAAGAAUAGGCUCUUGGAAUCACAGAGAGAAAUCAUUCUAAAGUUAGCUGAAAUGGCCUUUAAUAAUCUAGAGGAAGGCAAAUUGAUAUUUUAUGAGGAAGACCUGCAGAACUGUGGCAUUGAUGUCAGUGAAGCUUCAGUCUACUCUGGCAUGUGUACUGAGAUAUUCAAGGAAGACUCUGUGUUUCACCAAGGGAAAGUCUACUGCUUUGUGCAUCUGAGCAUUCAGGAGUUUCUGGCUGCACUUCAUGCAUUCAUUUCGCAUCUGGAAAACAAUUUUAAGACACUAACAUCUCUUUGUCGUGUUAACUGGAAGAUAUCACUGCAUGGGCUUCUAAAGAAGGUAGUGGACAAAGCUUUGAGGAGCCAGAAUGGACACCUGGAUCUUUUCCUUCGAUUCCUUCUGGGCAUCUCACUGGAAAAAAAUCAGAGACUUCUGCAAGGUCUACUGAACCACACAUACAGCACCACAGAGAAGGACAUUAAGGAAAUCUGUCAGUAUAUAAAAGAGCUCAACAGUGAAGGUCUCUCUCCUGAAAGAUGCAUCAAUCUUUUCCACUGCUUGUUUGAAAUGAAUGAUAAUUCCAUGCACAAAGAAAUUCAAACAUAUCUUGAAUCACCAAAGGAUUUCAAAGGCCAAUUGUCUCCUGCUCACUGUUCAGCACUGGCCCACAUGCUUCUGAUGUCUGAGGAGGUGCUGGAUAAGUUUGACCUGAAGAAAUACAACACAUCAGAUGAGGGGCGCAGGAGACUGAUCCCAGCUGUGAGGUGUUUCAGAAAGGCACAACUCGCUGGCUGCAAACUCACAGAAAAGUCCUGCGAGCAUGUGGCCUCAGUUCUGCAGUCACCAAACUCCCUGAUAGAGCUGGACCUGAAGGAUAAUAAGCUGACAGAUUCUGGAGUUCAGCUUCUGUCUAAAGGACUAUCUAGUCCCCACUGCAAACUCCAGACAUUAAGACUCGCUGGCUGCAAACUCACAGAAAAGUCCUGCGAGCAUGUGGCCUCAGUUCUGCAAUCAAACCCCUCACACAUGAGAGAGCUGUUUCUGGGAGGGAGUGAAGCAACAGACUCAGGAGUGAAGCAUCUUUCUUCUCUUCUGGAGGAUCCCAAAUGUAAACUGGAGAAACUAAGACUCGCUGGCUGCAAACUCACAGAGAAGUCGUGCGAACAUGUGGCCUCAGUUCUGCAGUCACCAAACUCCCUGAUAGAGCUGGACCUGAAGGAUAAUGAGCUGACAGAUUCUGGAGUUCAGCUUCUGUCUAAAGGACUAUCUAGUCCCCACUGCAAACUGCAGACAUUAAGCCUGCAGAGCUGCAGCAUUGGAGAGGAAGGUUUCACAGCUCUUGCAUCAGCACUGAGAUCAAACCCCUCACACAUGAGAGUGCUGUUGCUGGAGGGGAGUAAAGCAACAGACUCAGGAGUGAAGCAUCUUUCUUCUCUUCUGGAGGAUCCCAACUGUAAACUGGAGACACUAGACCUGGACAACUGCAGCAUUGGAGAGGAAGGUUUCACAGCUCUUGCAUCAGCACUGAGAUCAAACCCCUCACACAUGAGAGAGCUGCGGCUGGUGGGGAGUAAAGCAACAGACUCAGGAGUGAAGCAUCUUUCUUCUUUUCUGGAGGAUCCCAACUGUAAGCUGGAGAUACUAGACCUGGACAACUGCAGCAUUGGAGAGGAAGGAUUCACAGCUCUUGCAUCAGCAAUGAGAUCAAACCCCUCACACGUGAGAGAGCUGUGGCUGGAGGGGAGUAAAGCAACAGACUCAGGAGUGAAGCAUCUUUCUUCUCUUCUGGAGGAUCCCAACUGUAAACUGGAGAAACUAAAGUAA